UCAGCACGUACCCAUUCCGCGUGCAAACUCGCCCACAGUCUGUCCACUUUUUCCAAAACGUUAGCUGCCGUGGCUAACCGCUAACUACUGUUUACGCUGCAGCUAGCGGCGGCUCCGCCUCCGUCACACCGGAACAACGCACAACGAACACGUCCGGGGCGCGCGUGCGCAAACGUGAGGUUUAUUUUAGCCCGCGAUCCAGUAAAUGGAUUAACAGGCUUCAGGUCAGAGCAGCGCAGAGAGCAAAGAGACGCUCAAAAGACAGAAAAUAAACAAUACCAGCAGCGGUGACGGUGGAAGAGCUGGAGGCCGGACUUUUGUGUGGACUCCUGGAUGGAUCUGCAGGGCUGGGAGAGAGGUCGGCAGUCAGGACCGCUCCUCGGAAGCUCAUCGACUCCUGCCGACCUCGUCUUUGUCCACCUGGCUGCUACAUGCUGGAACUGAGCUUCUUUGUUCCUUCAUUUAAAUACUUUAUUUUAGGCUUUGACCUGCUUUACUAAUAGAUUUUUGAUCAACGUCAACCAGGUUUAGCAUUAUUGUAAGUCAGCUGGCAUGUGUGCUUAUAAUCUAACCUAACCUGGCUGUAGGUUCAUUGAGCCAGCUUUAACAUGGCCCACUCACACCCUGUAGGUGUGCUUGUAGCUAUUCUCCUGUGAUUCAACAUUCAGUUUUGCAUUCAUGGCUUAGAAUAAAGUUAUUUCAGGAAGCAGGCUGUUUGUUGUUGCUGCAUCUUUCUGCGCCACAAGCAUAAAUGUACAUAUGCUCACAAUGGAUCCAGACAGAGAAGAAGCUGAAGUAUUUUCAGACCCCGAAGACCCAUUUGCUCAGACAGCAGAGGAAGAGGAGCAGGAUGAGGAGGACGAGGAUGAGGAUGAGGAUGGUGAGGAGGAAGAUGCCAGGAUCUUUAAUUCCUGGAUGCAGCAGUGCAGGGGUGGGGAACAGCAGAGUAAAGUCAGAGAGGAAGAGGGUGAAGAAGAAGAGUCAGAGGGAAGAAGAUCUAAAAGCAAAAGCAGCCUGGAGCCUCCGGUCCCGGUGAGGUCUAACCGCCGAGCUUCACUGCCAUGCCCGUCCACUCUGUCGGCCAUGCAGCUGUCUCGUCUCCACUCGUCCACUCAGGCUCCGGUCACAGCGAGGGUUUUGCUGCGCCGCUCCUCCUCCCGCCGCCUCCUUCCCUCGCCUCUGGAGGCCACCACGCCAACCUCAGAGCGCAGGCAGUCCCUCAUACCCACAAUCCCCGAGGCCGUGCCACCUGAGAGGCGGGGACAGUUCAGGAGACGCAACGUCAUGUCACUGAGCGAUGCAUACAGUGUGUGUCUGAUCUGUCACAACAACCUAAAUAACGGCACCGGCGGCACCAGAGAGCUCGAGUGCACACACACCUUCCACAGAGAGUGUAUCGAGGAGUGGCUGUGGAGGAAACAGUGCUGUCCAACGUGUCACGUUCAGGUGUCCAUGCCGCAGCCGUCUUACUGGAGCUCCACCAGGGUCAAAGUCCCCUGAGACCACCCAAAAACCCCCCAGACUUUAAUGGAUAACCACUUUAUCAAAGCCCCAGGAAUUCUUUGUCACAGUGAAGCUGAAAAACAACCACAGUAACCUCGUGUAGGAUUUUUUUUUUUUACAACUUUUGCAGUAUUUUAGUGACUUUUAAAAUCAUGUUUGAUUGUAUGAGUGUAGGAAAAAUAUGGUGCAUACAUAAACAAAUUCCUAAAGGACUUUGCACUUCUAAAACUAAUUAUAAUUACUUCUGCUAGCCUGUUAUGCUGGAUUUUAUUUCUUUUCCUUGUUCUCUAUUUGAAUCAUCUUCUAUAUGUUUUGAUGUGAAUAUUCCUGUAUUGUAUUUGCUUAUAAGCAUUCAUUUAUUUCUGUAACCACUUUGAAACGAGCCGAUAAAUAAACCAAUAAAUAAACUAA